AUGACCGAUCUCGGCAAAUUAGGAUAUUUUCUUGGAAUGGAGUUCGUGCAGACUGAAGGUGGAAUGAUUAUGCAUCAAAGGAAGUACAUUCUUGAAACUCUGGACAAACUCAACAUGGAGAACUACAACAACGCAUGCACUCCUGUCAUGACCAACAUUAAGCUUUCAUCUCAUCAAGAAGAGGCCAAGGUUGAUGUCACUUUCUUCAAGCAGAUUGUAGGAAGACUUCGCUACAUCUGUAACAGUCGACCAGACAUCAGCUAUGGAGUUGGUCUCAUAAGCAUAUACAUGCAUGAUCCAAGGCAGCCACAUUUAAAUGCAGCAAAGACAUUCUCAGAUAUCUGA